AUGAUGUCGCUGAAACCUCAGGAAGUUAAUUUUGAUGAGACCUGGUCUAAACUCAGAGAGACUGUAGAAGGCGUUGUUGGUCUACAAGCAAUUGAACGAGCAGUAUGGAAUUCACGUUUCUCUGAUGUUUAUGCUUUAUGUGUUGCACACCCUGAACCCCACGCUGAUAAACUGUAUGAUGAAACCAGAAAAUUCUUGGAAGAGCAUGUGUUACGAUUAUUAGACAGAGUUAAAGCCACAGCAUUUUUAGAUAGUACUGAUUACAAUGACGGACUGCUUAGUAGAUAUGUCACGGCAUGGAGAGAAUACAGCCAAGGCGUGGCUUACCUUAACAGUUUAUAUUCGUAUCUAAAUUUACAGCAUAUUAAACGACAAAAGGUGUCAGAUGCAGACAUAAUCUAUGGGUCUUCAGCUGCUAUAAGUUUUCUUGAACAUGAUGCAAGGCAAUUGGAGGUUGGUGAAUUGGGCUUAGUAAUAUGGGAGAGGGUUUUAAUAAAGCCCCUGUCAAAUCCGAUGACGGCCCGAAUAGUGAGAGCAUUGAACGAUGCGCGGGAAUCAAACCCGGAUCCCGCGGCAGCUGAAAUACUAAAGACUGCAAUUCACAGUAUGGUGGAAGUCCAGUCAUUCCGGCUCCGUACACCCCUUUCUCUCUACCAACAACUAGUGGUGGAACCAUUUUUAAGCUCGGCCGCCGCGCAUCACUCACGGCGCGCCGCCGAAUUACUUAACUCUGGGGAUGUUUCCUAUUUCAUGAAGUAUGUGUUGGAUGGUCUUGCAAGAGAAAUAGUCCUAGGCAACAAAUUCCUUCACUCAUCCUCGUCCGAGGCGGUUCGUGCUUGCUAUGAGCAGGCCUGCGUGGCCUCGCAUUUGCCGGCUUUGCAUGCAGAGGUCGAACGACUUUUGAAAGAAGCUUGUCAAGAUUCGCCAAGAGCUGCUGAGCGGCGCGAAGAUCUAAAACGUAUGUUCAUGCUACUCAAACCGUUGGGUCAGAACGCCAUGCGUCCAUUGAUAGAGGCUGCGCAUGUGCAAGCCGCUAAGGAAGGACACGCUAUGUUGGCAGCUGAACAUAGCAAGGAUGAAGCGCACACACAUUUCGUACAUUCGAUGUUGUCUCUGCACAGUAAAUAUAAGAAACUAUUUGCCGAAGUCUUCGGAGGGGCUCAACCGUUUAUAGGAGCUCUGGAUAAGGCGUGUAGUGAAGUUGUGAAUUCGCGUGCCGAAGGUGAAUCUACUGCUCGUGCUCCUGAAUUGUUAUCCCGUUACUGCGAUACACUAUUGAGGAGAAAGGGAUCCGAGAGAGAUGCAGAUGACAAGUUAACAGCUGCCAUAGUGGUGUUUAAAUACAUCGACGAUAAGGACGUAUUUCAGAAACAUUAUGCGCGUGCGCUCGCACGUCGACUCAUACACCAACUGUCUGCUUCUAUGGAGCAGGAGGAGGCGAUGAUUAACAGGCUCAAAGCGGCUUGUGGCUACGAGUUUACAAAUAAAUUACACAGAAUGUUCACCGAUGUCGCUGUGUCCACAGACCUUAAUACUAAGUUCCAACAAUAUUUGAGGGAAAAUAACUUAGCUACGAACACUGGUUUCUUCAUACAGGUCCUUCAAGCCGGAGCGUGGCCUCUAGGUGGAGCAAUGGCUCCCUUAGCCCCUCCAGCGCAAUUGGAAAGACCGGCCCGUCUAUUCGAGACGUUCUACCGGGCGUCGUUCUCCGGUAGACGGCUGGCCUGGCUUCAUCAUUUAUGUACGGGAGAAUUGAGGACGAGAUAUACGCAACGGUUAUACCAUAUAAAUGCUACUACACCUCAGUGCGCCCUCCUCCUAAUGUUCGAAACCACCGACUCUAUUCGGGCCAGGGAAGCACGCGAAACUCUCCAACUCCCAGAAGAAGCUUGGGCCCGACACGUCCGCCCGCUGGUCGAAGCCGGUCUGCUCAUCUCAAAGGGAGAUGUGGAAGGAGCCGAUGAAGAGGCGGAACUUCUUCUUAAUCUCACCUUCACCUGCAAGCGGACGAAGAUAAGGCUGACUUGUGCUGCUGCACCGGCGAAUCAAGGUGGUACUGGCCCUGGCGCAGGAUCAUCCAGUGAAUCGACUCACUGCGAUGAUGAUAGAAAAAUGUACCUACAAGCCGCUGUUGUACGCAUUAUGAAGCAAAGAAAGGUCCUACGUCACACGGAGCUGAUCCAAGAAGUGGUUUCUCAAGCUAGAGGCUCGUUCGCACCAUCUGUCGCCAUGAUCAAGAAGUGUAUAGAGGCACUGAUCGAUAAACAGUAUUUGGAAAGGUCGCCAGGAAACCUCGACACUUAUUCGUAUCUCGCGUAG